GUAGCGGCCUAGCCUAAUAUUUCUUUAUUCCCCAGAAGUAUUGUAAAAAGAAAUCAAGAAGACAGGAAACGUAUUGUAUUCUCACAUAACAUGGUCAGUUAGGAGAUUUAUUUUCAGCAUUUAAGCUUGGAGCCCUUUUUAAGAGACUGCUGGAGUGUUAUACCGUCCGGAUAUACGGUAAUAACCAGACGUAAGAUUUAUUUAUUGAUCUUCCUGUAUUCCUUUAUUGUGUAUCAGUUAUGGAUAUUUAAACUUACGUACAGAAUAGUCUACGAUGACAUAACUGCAUGACUGUUUGCUUAUUCCUACAUAUAACCGUAUACAAAUCAUCUAGUCGAUUAUCCGUGUCCGUGGCAGCGCGCAACAGUGCCAGAUUAUCGUAUUCAGAACAUCGCAUUUUUGGACUUCAGACCCAUAACUAUUGCCCAAAAAGCACCAAUAAGUAACCAUUCCAACGUUAACUAUAAAUGAAUCCAGUUAGUGGGGUGGAGGAGACAGUUUUUGGGUCGGAAAUCGGAAAAUAUAAGAGACUGAGUACGGCGAUCUAACAAGUGACAGUCGGCGUCGGGUCUGCACUCAGCUGCCUCAGCAGGCAGUCGCGCGAAUGUUGUCCUUAGGUGCGUGGUGCUGCACGUGCUUCGGGAAGAUCAAGACGUGCGGGUUCCUGUGGUGGCCCUGGCGUGGCGUCUGUGUGCUGGGCGAGCUGGUGAUAACGGGUACAGGCAGACGCUGGGUCGGGGGUUCACAUGGGGACUGCCGCAAGUAAGCCGUCGGGCCCCGCUACCAUGGCAGGGCGCGAUGGGCUGAACCCCCACUGAGCCUUUAAUGUGACCUUCCAGCCAGCGCCUCCACGUCACCCCCGCCACCAUCACCACAACCGCUACCAUUAUCACCUCCACUACCGCUAAGCCCUCCGCCACUUAGGGCCCCCAUCCAAGUGCCGCCACAGCCACCAUCACUGCUGCCAGGGCCAUCAGGCUUCACUUCGCGACGUGAAGCAGCCCCACCGAUGUCGCUGCGGAGCCAUGGCGGACAGGCUGGGAAACCACAACCUGUCCUGCAAGAGAGACCCCGGUCGCCUGCCCCGCCACGCAGCCCUCAACGAUGUGGUGUACAGGGCACUGUCAUCUGCCGGUGUGGCGGCCAUCCUCGAGCCGCGGGGUCUAGACCGCGGCGAUGGACGCCGUCCCGACGGCAUCACUAUUUACCCAUUCACGCAGGGCAAGAUGCUAGCGUGGGACGCCACCUGCGUGAACACCUUGGGCAGCACCCACCUCAUCGACUGCGCUACCACAGCAGGCGCUGCCGCCCGCUCCGCCGAGGCCCGGAAACGGCAGCGCUACGCCGACCUCGGUCAGCGGUAUGACUUCAUGCCGCUGACGGUGGAGACGACCGGAGUCCUCGGUCCCGCCUUCAGUGACCUCAUCAAGACCCUCGGCAGGCGCAUCCGAGAGAGGACGGGGGAAAAGCGGGAAAAGAGUGGCUGCGGCAGCGGGUCAGCCUCGCAGUGAUCUGCGGGAACGCAGCAGCGCUAUGCCAGCAGCGCCCCACAUAAGAACCAACUCGACCUUUAUUUUGUUAUUCUUUAUGUAUAAUUCUUUUGUUUUUUGUAUUAUAUAUCUGUAGUAUAGUAAAAGAUAUGGCUGAGUGCCACAGUCAUCGGCGUCCCGGCAGGGGCCGAUGAAUUGCAAUGCGAACAAUCUAACCGAUUGUUCCCAUCGUAACUCCCUUCCGGAUGGAGGCUCUUUAAAAA